AUGGAGGGCGCCGGCGACCCCGAGGAGGGGAGCAGGGAGGGGUUCGUGGUCAAGGUCGGGCUGGUCGCCGUCGAGGUGUCCACCGGUGAGGUCGUCCACGGGGAGUUCAUGGACGGUGCCUCUAGGAGCGGCCUCGAGGCCGUGCUGCUUGACUUGGCGCCCGUCGAGGUCAUACUCGGCACCCCACUCUCCUUCGCCACGGAAAAGCUGAUGAGGGCAUAUGCGGGAUCCGCCUCUAAUGUCCGGGUUGAGUGCACCCCGCUGGCAUGUUUUGGUGAGGGUGGCGCUUUAGCUGAACUUCUGUCUCUGUUUGAGAAGUUGGAGGUCAGCUCACCGACCAUUGAAAACAAUAAUCAGAUAAUACUGAUGAAUGAAGCUGACACCAAUCCUCAUGGUAUCGACAACAACAAUCUUCAUGGGAUCGAGGGUGUCAUGGCUAUGCCGGAGCUAGUUGUACAAGCUAUGGCAUUGAGCGCUCGCUAUCUCAAGGGUUUCGGUAUGGCUAGGCUAAUCUGCUUUGGUUCUUUGUUUCGCCCAUUUAGUGCCAAUACUGAAAUGUCUCUAUCAGCAAACGCUCUUCAACAACUUGAGGUAUUGAAGAACAACUCAGAUGGUUCAACAGAAGGGUCUUUGUUCCGAACUAUGAACAACACAUGUACAGCUUUUGGAUCUAGACUGUUUAGACACUGGUUGACUCACCCUUUAUGUGAUAGAAAUCUAAUACGUGCUCGUCACGAUGCGGUCUCUGAGAUCUCUGAAUCGAUGGGAUCACGGCAAGAUUCGGUUAGCAUUCUGCAUGGUGAAGAGGAUGGGUGCUGCACAGCUUUGGUGCGAAGUGAUCUGAGCACCAUUCUUUCAUCUGUUUUAACAAUGCUUGGAAGAUCACUUGAUUCUCAGAGAGGAAUAACAAGGAUUUUUCACUGCAGAGCCACAUCUAAAGAGUUUGUUGGGGUUAUCCAAGCUAUUCUGACAGCUGGAAAGCAGCUGAAGAAGCUUGUUAUCGAUGAUACUGACACUGUGUCUUCUCAGCAUACAACUAUCCACUCUUCUUUGCUGAGAAGGCUAAUAAGUACAGCUUCAUCAUCCUUUGUACUUGCUAAUUCUGUUAAACUUCUGUCGUGUCUUAACAAAGACGCUGCCGAUCAAGGAGAUAUGGCAAAUCUAUUUAUAUCAUCUGUUGAUCAGUUCCCUGAGGUUGCCGAGGGUCAUGUGGCUGUUGAAAUGGCCAAAAGAAAACUGGACAUUUUAAUUGUCGAGUAUCGGAAGCAGCUGGGCAUGCGCAACUUGGAGUACAAAACCAUAGCUGGAACAGCCUAUUUGAUCGAACUACCAUUAGAUAGAAGGGUGCCUUCAGAUUGGAUGAAAGUAAAUAGCACCAAAAAAACUAUCAGAUACCACACUCCUGAUAUUUUGAAGAACUUAAACAAUUUAUUGCUGGCUAAGGAAGAGCUAGCAGUUAUCUGCAGGACAACAUGGCAUACAUUCCUUAUGGAUUUCGGAAAAUAUUAUGCGCAGUUUCAAGCAACUGUUGAAUCUCUUGCAACUCUAGACUGUUUAUACUCUCUUGCCACUCUUGCAAGACAAAAUAAUUAUGUAAAACCUAAUUUUGUUCCUGAGGACGAGGCAAGUCAGAUUCACAUAAAAAAUGGCCGUCAUCCGGUUCUAGAGUCCCUGCUUGGAGACAAUUUUGUUCCAAAUGAUACAGACCUUCAAGCAGAUGGGGAGUACUGCCAGAUUGUUACAGGACCAAAUAUGGGAGGCAAAAGUUGCUAUAUUCGCCAAGUUGCACUAAUUACGAUUAUGGCCCAGGUUGGUUCCUUUGUACCAGCUUCAUCAGCAAGAUUGCAUGUUGUUGAUGGAGUUUAUACUCGGAUGGGUGCAUCUGACAGUAUUCAACAAGGAACAAGUACCUUCUAUGAAGAGUUGAAUGAAGCUUCCAACAUAUUGCAUAACUGCUCAUCUCGAUCCCUAGUUAUCAUUGAUGAGCUUGGUCGUGGAACAAGCACGCAUGAUGGUGUUGCUAUAGCUUACGCGACGUUACACUAUCUCCUCAAAGAGAAGAAAUGCAUUGUCAUUUUUGUCACUCAUUAUCCAAAAAUUCUUGAUAUCCAGAGAGAAUUUGAAGGUUCUGUCGGGGCGUACCAUGUUUCAUAUCUAUCAACAAGGAAGCUGUUGGAAAUCACUGAUGAAAAGAUGGACAUUGACACAGAAACAGAGGAUCUUGGAGAAAUUACUUUCUUGUAUAAACUUGUUGCUGGAGCUUCAGACAGAAGCUUUGGUCUUAAUGUCGCACUGCUUGCACAGCUCCCAUUAAGAUGUAUCAAACGGGCGUCGGUCAUGGCAGCCAAACUGCAAGAAGAGUUGAACGAGCGCGAGGAAAAUAAGCUACCAAGGCUAAUGAACAAGCCAGCCGGAGAUGUACCAUGUGAAAGCUCUCGAGAAGCUGGUCUUGUUUGCACACAGCCUUACCAAGGGUUGAUGGAAGCGUGUCGCAGGGUACUAUGUGACAUGUCAUCCGCUCAAAGCAGUAACUGCAUGACAGAUGUGCUCUCUUGUUUAAAGAACGUGAAGGAGGUUGCCUUGAAGAUAAUUAAUGGCUAGCGUUCCUCACAUACUGAGUAUUUAGCAUCUGACUUAAAGCAGAGAUGAUAUUUGCCGUAGAGCCGAACUGUUCAUGCACUUGUCAAGUGAAGCAUUCUAAGCAGGGUGGAAACCAGUGGUGGAACCUGACGAUGCUUCAGAAAGAGGCGCGGAUCAAGGCUUUCCGCUGGGAAAAGAUGUGUACAAAGUUAGCUUGGUGUAGCGGGCGCGUGGAGUUAGCCUCUUUUGUUUGGUUCAGAUUUUGCUGUAAUUUGCACUCAUGAGUAUAAUUUUUUUAGAUGUGUUUAUUC